UAUGGCUGAAAGCUGGCCAAGUCACCGUUUUUGCAAACUUUAGGCAGUGUACUAUUUUUUUUUAUAAGUGAAGUAGGAAAUAUAUAUGUUAUAAAUAUUUAGAUCUCAAAAAUUUGAAAAUGGAAAAUCUUUUUAGUAUGUGGAAAGUGCGAGAACUCGCAGAUAAGGUGACAAAUGUUGUUAUGAAUUAUACCGAGAUCGAGGCAAAAGUCAGGGAGGCCACAAACGACGAAGCGUGGGGCCCCACCGGACAAAUAAUGCAAGAAUUAGCUCAUUCUACUUUCACAUAUGAACAUUUCCCAGAAGUGAUGUCAAUGCUGUGGAAAAGAAUGCUCCAAGAUAACAAGCAACACUGGCGAAGAACAUACAAAUCACUUUUGGUACUAAAUUAUUUAAUUAAAAAUGGAUCAGAACGAGUGGUGACCUCGGCUAGAGAACAUAUCUAUGAUUUAAGGUCCUUAGAAAAUUAUACAUAUAUCGAUGAAAUAGGAAAAGACCAGGGUGUUAAUAUAAGACAUAAGGUGAAAGAACUCAUAGACUUCAUACAGGAUGAUGACAGACUGAGGGAGGAACGCAAGAAAGCUAAGAAAAAUAAAGACAAAUAUAUUGGCAUGAGUUCAGACACGAUUGGAAUGAGAUUUGGGUCAGGUCGGGAAACUUGGGACGAUAAGUCUUACAAUAAAGAGGGAUACGAGGAUUGGGACGACAAUUCCACGAAUCGUUACAGAGAUCGUACUUUCGACGAAGAAUACGACGUAGACAAAGAAGAUAGCGAUACAGAGACGAAGCAAAACAAUUAUGCAAACAACAUAAAGAAAUACAAAGAUACCGAACAGCCCAAUAGCCCAACGCAUGUGGAAAAGCGCGUCAAUAUCAACAUAAACACUUCUUUAACGAAUUCCCCCAAAAAAAUAAACAAACCGCUGAAAAAAGUCGAUUUAGGGGCAGCAGCUAAUUUCGGUAGAGCGACUAGUCAAAGCCCGAUGCCCCAGGGCGAUAGAGAUUUACUAAACGAUGAUUUCAACCCGAGAGCCAGCGAAGCGCAAGAAGAGUCCAAGUCCGCAUCGGAAUUCGGAGAUUUCGAGACUGCCUUCGAGCACAACACCGCUGCUGCUGUCGCCGCACAUAAGCAAGACGACGGUUUCGCCGACUUCAGCUCGGCCUUCUCACACAACGUAGCUCAAAGCAACCAGCAAUUCUCCGCCUUGCCUAACUUACUAGGCCCUACGCCGAAUGUGGUGCCGAACGUGAUACCGCCACCGAAUACGACUGCGAACGUUCCUAAUCUGUUCUUGAACGUGGGAGGCGGUACUCACCCGAAUAUCGCCGGCAAUAAUUAUAUCGGAGGCGCGCCGCAAGUAGGUAGUCCCGCUCAGAGCCAAAACCUUCUAGGGAAUAGUUUUGUAAACGCGGCCAAGCUACCGGCCCAACAACCCCAGAAGGGCAACAGCAACGAUUUGUUAGGGGACCUGUCGGAUUUCGGCAGUUUGAGUAUUCAGCCUCAGUCGGCGAUUUCGACGCCGGCGAAUAAUAAUUUAGGGUUACUUGGCAGCUCAAAUAAUGAUCUCUUGGACGGAUUAGGGUCGGAUACCAAUAAAGACGAGGCGCGGGUCACUUUGAGUUUGAUAAGUAAGUGCGUGAGUGAAGUUUCAAGAAGGGAAGUGAGAAUGACAAAGAAAACGCCGUCCCAAAAAAAAUUGGAGGAACUGACAUACAACGGCAUUAAGUCUCUGGAAAGCUUCGAGAAAUUGACGUCACAGAGUGACAUCGAGAACGUUCUGUCACUAAUCGAUUUGUUGUUGGAAUUUUUACCGGGACCUUUAACGGUUCAGAAAUUAAUCAAUGUCGAUGAGUUAUCUUGUGCUGCAUCUUACGCUGAAAACUGUUACGUCGUAUUUAUAGACACACUCGUUAAUCUUUUCGAUAAUAAUUUUCCGUUUAGGGGAGGUCAAUUGUAUGAAUCCGUCAAAAAUUUAUUUUGCGUUGAAGACCGUACGAUUUUUAGAGAAAACUUUGAAUGUCUUAUGAAACAUUUACGGGCAGAUCGGAAAAAAGUAGCCAACGUAAUUGUGUCUUUGUUACAAAUUUCAUUGCAAUCCGAAGGAUUUUUUGCCUGCGUUUUUCAUCACAUAUCUGAUAUCAAUAUAAACGAUAAUUUUAUUGAAGAGGACAGACUGACGUCUUUUAAUAAUAUCUUAAAGAUGUUAAUUUCUUUACCCAAUAGGGUCGCUAAUAUUUUGGAGGGUGACGUACCAAAUUUUUUCGUUCCGAAGAACUUCACAAAAUUUUUAAUUACAAACAUCCUACAACUAAUAGAAUUUGUAUCGGAAUGUAUAAAGUUGGACCCGAAGUACGAAUCUUGCGUAAGUUUUCAAAAUAUCUCCAACAUAUUAAGUAAAGUUUUUGUAAAUUUCAAUGAAAGAUUGAAUUCUGAAGUGCUAAUAGUAUUUACAGAAAUUGCAGCUGUAUUAACUAAUAAAGUAACGAACAAAACACAUUUGUAUAAAAAAAUAUUUCAAAACAUUUUCAAGUGUUUCGAUAAACCCGCAGUGGAAAUUGCGGCGAAAUUGUUUCUGUUGAAUGUAAAUCCGGAAAAAUAUACUAUUACGGAAAUUUGGGGGAAACAAUUAAUAAAAAACGAUAAUUGGAAAUUCGUUUUAUGCACCAAGAUACCUCUUCUGACUUGUUUCGAAAAAGAUUACUCCAACUUGGUUAUAAAUUUAGUCGUUUAUCUCAGUUCUUCUUCCGAAUUCCAUUUAGUAAACUUGCUAAUAAAUUUACUGACGAUUUGGGCAGAUAGAUCGUCUAUAAGCCAUACUAGCGUCGAGCAGCAUAUAUUUAUUUCCAAAACUAUCGUGUAUAUUAUAAACUCCCUGCAAAAUAUCGGUUUGAACGAUCACGAUAGGUCAAAAAUUCAAAAAUUAAUUUUCUCUGGCAUUUCGGUGCACCUGGAAUCUACGGUAGACCUAGUUAGAAGUUCUGGAAUGAAAACCGGAGAAAUAGUGAUAAACUUUUUGUAUAAAGAAUCGGAAAAUAGGUCAGAGAUGGAAUUAAAAUUCGAUUACGAUACUUUAAAAGAGGAGAGUAAAAAUAUCGUCACCAACUUGCAAAAUAUAAUCGACGAGGAUAUGCAACAAUAUUUUAAACAAAAAUGUGACUUUAAUACAACGGUAGAUGAACUAAUAACAAAACUUACAGCAAGUGAUGAUCAAAACUUCGAAUAUAUUCCCCCGGAACGUAAAUUUAGGAGUAGGAAAGCGUUGGAACCGCAAAACGAAGUUGUAUUGUCUGAAUCUCUUAAACCGAAUCGUGGUAUUAAAAUAAUAGACAAUACCGAUUUCGAAUUAGACUCCGACGAUGACUUGGAGCCUUACGACUUAUCAAACGAUGUUAAAGUAGCGAAGAAAAACCCUCCCGCCUACUUAAGAGACUUACGAGACGGAUUAUUAGAAACCGAGGAUCAUGAAACGUUUGCGCUGAGUUUGGAAAACUGCGAGAACCUGAUUGUUACACAGUUACCCGACGACGACGCUGCUAUCGGUUUAGAAAUUUUGGAAAUAUUGAUUUCCUUGGAGCCCAGAUUCUACGUAGAUAACUUUGAUGGUUUAGUUUUUCAAAGUUGUGUUGCAAUCACGUGCGUUUACCCCGCCUUUUAUGCCGAAUAUCUGUGUAAACAGAUCCACGCGGACUUAGGCACGUAUUCGAUAGCUCGUCGCAUUUUUAUGUUGGACGUUCUGAGACGAGCGGCUGGAAGCCUUUCGAAUUUAAAGCCUGACGAACCGCAGGGUAACGUUACCAAGAGAACCAGAGAAUUAAGUAGCGCGGAGGAAGUCAUACGAAAAAGAUUGGAAAGCAAAACCAGGUAUUUCAAAAAACACAAGUAUUCCCGAUUGGAAAAACCGAACAAAUUCGCUGAAGUGGCGGGGUAUUUCUUUUUCCCGCUCUUGUACGGCUUCAACCAGAAUAAAAUGCUUUGUCAGUCGACGAAGGAAGAUUGCGAUUAUAUUCUGUUGAUACACUUCGUGGAAACUUUGGCUGUGUUGAUGUGGUCGGCAAAAAAUUGUCCGGUAGCUCCCAGGAUGGGCAAGGAAAUUUUCCAUUUUUCGUGGUAUUUACGGUUCCAUGUCGACGUUAAAGUUAGGAUGGGGAUAUUAAGUCUUAUUUCUAGUGCCAUUCUGAACGUUCCGCAGAGUAUUUUACUGCAAGAUUUUAUUAACGAGCUGCUGGAGAUACGGUUGUGGUUGGGCGAUUUGCUAAACCCAGCCAGAGGAGAACCUAAUUCGGAGUGUAGAAAUUUAGCCGGGUGCGCCAUGGUUCUUAUAGAAAAUAUCCUUAAAGUUGAUGUCGAUGAAAAUUAAAAUUUAAGUUUGUAAUUUAGAUUUUUGUAUGAAAAAUGUGUUAUGCUUUC